AUGGUACAAAUUGUGAAGACAGAAGGUCUAGGGCUGAGCUUUCAUUUACUGGUUAACGAGAAGCUCUUUCUGGCUCCCGAACGAAGUUCUCUGAGGCGAGCAGCAGCCGUCGAUGUUCACGGAGUUCAGGCAGGCAGCCAAAUGAGUGGGAAUUGGGUGCACCCAGGCCAGAUCCUAUUUUGGGCUAUCUGGGUCCUUGCAGCCCCCACCAAGGGGCCUUCUGCUGAAGGGCCACAGAGGAACACCAGGCUGGGAUGGAUUCAGGGCAAGCAAGUCACCAUGCUGGGAAGCCCUGUGCCUGUGAACGUGUUCCUUGGAGUCCCCUUUGCUGCUCCCCCGCUGGGACCCCUGCGAAUUACAAACCCACAGCCUGCAUCACCCUGGGAUAACUUGCGAGAAGCCACCUCCUACCCUAAUUUGUGCCUCCAGAACUCAGAGUGGCUGCGCUUAGAUCAACACAUGCUCAAGGUGCAUUACCCCAAUAUCGGCGUGUCAGAAGACUGCCUUACCUGAACAUCUAUGCGCCUGCCCACAC